AUGGAUGAAAGCAUUGCCAUCGAUCUCCUGGAUAAAUGUUUGUUUCAAAGGAGCCUCCUACAAGAUAGGGAGAAUGCUAUCUCUCUCGUUGACAAUCUUACCUUUCUCCCACUAGUCAUCGUUCAAGCAGCUGCGUAUAUCAAUGAGAACGAUAUUGAUCUCAAUGAUUAUAUAACACUACUCAAAGAACAGGAACCUGAAGUCGUUGAGCUUUUGGGCGAGAACUUCGAAGACGAUGCUGAUGGUAACGUGCAGCAUCCAGUUGCAACUAUCUGGCUCAUCUCGUUUCAUCAGAUUCAAUGA